AUGUCGAGCCCUGAAAAGCAGCCGGCGGCCAGCAGCGGCGACGAAGCCGUUGCGCCGCUCGGCGACCACGACAACACCCACGGGGGUCAGCCCAUCACAACCAGCACAGAUACCCCCGCCGAGAAAGAUGCGUCAACGGCCAACGAGCCCAACUCGUCGUCGUCGUCUUCGGAAGAGCCGACUUUCGAGCCGCUACAGCGGUUGGACAGCACGCGCAUGAUUGAGAACCAAGACAGGGAUGAGCUCGUCCGAAUCGCUACCGCCCUGUCUCGCAGACGGUCCAGCAUCGGCGACCAACCUCGCAUAAGCCAGGUGCUCACCGGGACGGAGGCAUACGAAACGUCGCUGGACCCCGAGAGCAGCAACUUCGACCUCUCCAAGUGGUUGCGCCGCUUCGUCGACCAGCUGCAGGCGGAAGGCGUCGAAGCCAGGCGCACCGGCGUCGCCUUCCGGAACCUGGACGUCUUCGGAUCUGGCGCGGCGCUGCAGCUCCAGCAGACGGUCGGGUCGUUCUUGCUGGCCCCCGCGCGGCUGGGUGAGCUCCUCAGUUUCGGCAAGAAGCAGCCCAAGCAGAUCCUCCAUGGCUUUGAGGGCCUGGUCAAGAGCGGUGAGCUCCUGGUUGUGCUGGGCCGUCCCGGAUCUGGCUGCAGCACCCUGCUCAAGACCCUCUGCGGCGAGCUCGAGGGCCUGGAGCUCGGCUCCAACUCCGUCAUCCACUACAACGGCAUCCCGCUGAAGCAGAUGCAGCGCGAGUUCAAGGGUGAGACCGUCUACAACCAAGAAGUCGACAAGCACUUCCCACACCUCACUGUCGGGCAGACGUUGGAGUUUGCCGCCUCUGUCCGAACCCCCUCGCACCGCAUCCAAGGCAUGUCUCGCGCCGAGUACUGCCGCUAUAUCGCGCAGGUCGUCAUGGCGGCCAUUGGUCUGAGCCAUACCUAUAACACCAAGGUUGGCAACGACUUCAUUCGCGGCGUCUCUGGCGGCGAACGCAAGCGUGUCAGUCUCGCCGAGAUGGUGCUGGCCGGCAGCCCGUUCGCUUGCUGGGAUAACAGCACGCGUGGACUCGACUCGGCGACGGCCUUCAAGUUUGUCCAGUCCCUGCGCCUCAUCUGCGACGUUGGAGACCAGACCAACUGCGUCGCCAUCUACCAGGCCAGCCAGUCCAUAUACGAGCUCUUCGAUAAGACCACAGUCCUCUACGAGGGCCGGCAAAUUUACUUCGGGCCGGCAAACCAGGCGAAGCGCUACUUCGAGAAGCAGGGCUGGCACUGCCCGCAGCGGCAGACCACCGGCGACUUCCUCACCUCCGUCACGAACCCUCAGGAGAGACAGGCGCGCGAGGGCUGGGAGAAUAAGGUCCCCCGCACGCCAGAGGAGUUUGAGCGGUGCUGGCGCCAGUCACCCGAAUACGACGCGAUGAAGGCGGAGAUCGACGAGUACGACAAGACCUACCUGCAUGAGCAGCAGCAUGAGAGCGUCGCCCAGUUCCGCGAGCAAAAGAACUACCGCCAGGCCAAGCACGUCCGGUCCAAGUCCCCCUACAUCAUCAGCACCUGGAUGCAGAUGCGCCUUUUGAGCAAGCGCGCGUACCAGCGCAUCUGGAACGACAUAUCUGCCACCCUCACGCAGAUCCUCUCGUUGUUAUUCAUGUCCCUCGUCAUCGGCUCCAUCUUCGUCGGCACCCCCGACGCCACCGUCGGCUUCUACGCGAAAGGUUCAGUCCUGUUCAUGGCCAUUCUUCUCAACGCCUUGACGGCAAUCUCGGAGAUCAGUGGUCUCUACGAGCAGCGCCCGAUUGUCGAGAAACAAGCUUCGUACGCCUUUUAUCACCCCGCGUGGGAGGCAGCAGCCGGCAUCCUGGCGGACAUACCCGUCAAGUUCUGCACAGCUGUCGUCUUCAACGUUAUACUGUACUUCAUGUCGGGGCUUCGACGAGAAGCCGGCCCAUUCUUCCUCUACUUCCUCGUUUCCUACAUUACUGUCUUCGUCAUGAGCGCCAUCUUCAGGACAAUGGCCGCUGCGACAAAGACAAUUUCGCAGGCAAUGGCGUUGUCAGGAGUCUUGGUUCUUGCUCUUGUCAUCUAUACAGGCUUCGUCAUUCGAGUGCCAGACAUGCACCCUUGGUUCGCGUGGAUUCGAUGGAUCAACCCGAUCUUCUACGCCUUUGAGAUUCUUGUCGCCAACGAAUUCCACAACCAGGACUUUACCUGCUCGGCCAUCAUCCCGCCAUUCUCGCCACCGAUCGGAGACUACUGGGUGUGCAACGCAGUCGGCGCUGUUCCCGGGCAAUACACGGUGAACGGAGAUGCCUUUAUCCAAACUAACUAUGAGUACUACUACUCGCAUGUUUGGCGCAAUUUUGGUAUUCUCUGUGGCUUCCUCGUCUUCUUCAUGCUCCUGUACUUCUUGGUCGUCGAGAUCAACUCCUCAACCACCAGCACGGCAGAGACACUCGUCUUUCAGCGAGGCCACGUUCCGCAGUACCUGCUCACGAACAAGGGGAAACUCGUGCAGGAGAGCGGAGGCCCCGCCCAGGAGGUCAAGAAGGCCGAUGAAGGAGUCUCAGACGUCAGGGGUCUGGAGCCUCAGAAAGAUAUCUUCACAUGGCGCAACGUAGUGUACGACAUCGAGAUCAAGGGCCAGCCUCGCAGGCUCCUCGAUCAUGUCUCUGGAUGGGUCAAGCCCGGCACCCUCACGGCGUUGAUGGGCGUGUCAGGCGCGGGCAAGACAACCCUGCUGGAUGUGCUGGCUGAACGAACUACAAUGGGUGUCAUUACCGGCGACAUGCUGGUCAAUGGUGAGCCAAGAGAUGCGUCCUUCCAGCGCAAGACCGGAUAUGUACAGCAGCAAGAUUUGCACCUUGAGACAGCGACUGUGCGUGAAAGUCUCCGCUUUAGCGCUAUGCUUCGACAGCCCAAGUCCGUGAGCAAGAAGGAGAAGUACGAAUUUGUCGAGGAUGUCAUCAAGAUGCUCAACAUGGAAGACUUUGCCAACGCCAUCGUCGGUGUCCCCGGCGAAGGCCUCAACGUCGAGCAGCGCAAGCUCCUCACCAUCGGUGUCGAGCUGGCCGCGAAGCCCAAGCUGCUUCUGUUCCUCGAUGAGCCGACCAGCGGUCUCGACUCGCAGAGUUCCUGGGCCAUUUGCGCCUUCCUCCGCAAGCUCGCCAACUCGGGCCAGGCCAUUCUCUGCACCGUCCACCAGCCGAGCGCGGUCCUCUUCCAGCAGUUCGAUCGCUUGCUGUUCCUUGCCAAGGGUGGCAAGACCGUCUACUUUGGUGACAUUGGCGACAACUCCCGGACGCUCCUCGACUACUUCUCGUCGAGAGGCGCGCGCAAGUGCGGCGACGAGGAGAACCCGGCCGAGUACAUGCUCGAGAUUGUCAAUAACGGCACAAACAGCGAUGGCGAGCCUUGGGACAAGGUUUGGAACUACAGCGACGAAGCGCAGGGCAUUCAUACCGAGCUUGACCGAAUUCACAAUGAGAAGCUGAGCAACCGAAACAGCGGUACCACGGGAGCCACGGGGGCUUCCGUCUCGCACGAGGACAGCCGCGAGCACGCCGAGUUUGCCAUGCCGUUCAUGACGCAGGUCUUUAUCGUGACGCACCGUGUCUUCCAACAGUACUGGAGGAUGCCCAGCUACAUCUUCGCCAAGUUUGCCCUCGCCAUUUUUGCGGGCCUGUUCAUCGGCUUCACUUUCUUCAAUGUCGACAACACUGAGGCGGGUACCCAGAACGUCAUCUUCUCCGUGUUCAUGGUCACCACCAUUUUCACCACGCUGGUGCAACAGAUUCAACCCUUGUUCCUCACCCAGAGAGCGCUGUACGAGGUCCGCGAACGGCCGAGCAAGGCAUAUUCGUGGAAGGCCUUCCUCAUUGCCAACAUCGUCGUCGAGAUCCCGUGGCAGCUCGUUGCCGGCGUCCUCAUCUACGCCUGCUUCUACUACCCAGUCGUCGGCAUCCAAUCGUCCCAGCGUCAGGGUCUUGUUCUCCUGUACAUCCUUCAGCUCCUGGUCUACGCCUCGGCCUUUGCCGAUAUGACGAUUGUGGUGAUGCCAGACGCCCACACCGCGUCGUCUGUGGUCACAGUUCUCACCAUCAUGUCCAUCAUCUUCUCCGGCGUCCUCCAGACCGCGGAUGCGCUGCCGGGCUUCUGGAAGUUCAUGUAUCGCGUCAGCCCCUUUACAUACUGGAUCGGCGGCAUCGUCGCGACCGAGCUUCACGGAAGGCAAAUCAACUGCUCCGAGACGGAACUGAGCAUCUUCAACCCCCCUCCGGGAUAUACCUGCGCCCGGUACCUGAUGCCCUUGGAGGGGAAGGCUCCCGGACAGCUGCUCAACCCCAUGGCUACAGAGCAGUGCAUGUACUGCCCGGUCACGAACGCGGAUCAGCUCCUGGCGGCCUCACGCAUCUACUGGAGCGACCGCUGGCGUAACUGGGGCAUUUUCAUGGCGUACAUUGUCUUCGACAUCUUUGUCGCCGUUCUUCUUUAUUACCUAUUCCGCAUCAAGAAGGCACAUACGGGCUUCUCCGGCUUCAGCCUGCCAUGGCUGAAGAAGUCAAAGAAGGGAGGGUCGUGA